AAAAAUACAAUAAAGUUUUUGCUAAUAUUUUUACUUAAAUAUUUUUGUAUACAGAGUAAAUUCAAUUUUUGUAAAAUGCCAACAGAUCCGAAGAGUGUUGGUUGGACGCCAAGGUUGCUGCUAAUUUGUAUCGGCACCACCGUAGGCGCUGUUGUGCCCAUCGGUUAUGCUUUGGGGGUUAUGAAUACGCCUGCAGAGGUCAUCAAAGAGUGGGCUAUCGCUAGUGUAGCCGAAACAUAUGGCGCCGAACUUAAUCCAACGAACGCUGACGUGCUCUGGGCUAGCAUCGUUUCUAUUUUCCAAGUUGGAGGCAUUCUGGGCUCCUUCAUUUCUGGCACUUUCAGCAAUAAAUUUGGAAGACGGGGUUGUCUUUUAAUCAGUGGCUGUUUAUUAAUUUGCGCUGGACUCUUGCUAGGUUUCUGUCGCAUGAUUGGCCUUGUCGAGAUGUUACUCUUGGGCCGCUUUCUGAUCGGCAUCUCGACUGCCCUAAUUUACACUGCGCAACCAAUGUAUUUGUUGGAAUGCGCGCCAAUACAUUUACGGGGCAGUGCCGGUGUCUUCACGCUGCUCGGCAUUACCGGUGGCAUUGUGGUAGGCCAAAUAUUCAGUUUUGAACAAGUGUUCGGCAAUGUAAAAGAUUGGGACGCUGCUUUGGACUCGUACUUGUUUUGUGUUCUUAUCGGUUUUCUGCCCAUAUUUUGGUUCCCAGAGUCACCGAGUUGGAUAAUGAACGUGCGUCAAGAUGAGGAAUUUGCACGGGCAUCAUUGAAAAGUUUACGUGGCAAAAAUGCUGAUGAUAUCAUAAAUGCCGAAAUAGCCGAAAUAAAAGCAUCUGCUGCUGCUAGCAGUGAAAUAUUGAGUUUCUCGGCGGUGAUGAAAAGUUCAGAAUUGUGUCUGCCUAUGCUGAUUGUUAUCUCAUUUAUGGCUUGUCAGGGAUUGAGCGGCAUCAAUGGCAUUUUCUUCUACUCCGUGAGGAUUUUUACAAAAUGCGGUUUCUCCACUGAAAGCGCCGCUUGGAUGAAUUUUGGUGCGGGUGUCUUGAAUUUUAUAUUUGCGCUCGUCAGUUUCGUCGUUAUGCAGAAAUUCAAUCGACGACCCUGCAUGCUGCUAUCAAGCGGUGCUUGCGCCAUCUCACUCUUCGGAUUGGGAUUCGCUUUGAAAUACAUAGACUCUGUCAGCUGGUUUCCAAUACUUUGCGUGCUUUUAAUGGCUUCAUUUAUAAUAUUUUUCAAUUUCGGCUUGGGUCCAAUACCAUUCUUUAUAGGAACAGAACUCUUUGAAUUGCCACCUCGAUCAGUGGGUAUGUCUGCCGGCAACUUUUCAUGUUGGACUGGCAAUUUUUUGAUUGGCAUGUUUUUCCCGGUCGUGGAGAGUGCAAUAGGUCCGUUUUGCUUUUUGCCUUGCGGCGGAGUAUGCAUUUACUGUUUUUUGUUGACAUGGCGCUAUCUACCGGAGACACAACGCAUUCGACCAUCCGAGGUAAAGACGUUGAUGGCUGAUGGACUCAAAUCGAAAGUUACCUAAAUUGGUAAUGCGAGUAUGGCGCAGGUGCGGCAUAAUUAUGUAGCGCGUAGUCGAUUGGAAAUAAUCGAUGUUGUACAACGAAAUUGUUUUUGACAAAUUAUUUUGAGAAAACUUUUUAAUUGCGAUAAAUAGUUUGCAGACUUUCGUAAUA